GCCUCCUCCACCUCAAUAUGAGCAGUUGGAGCGGAACAAACAGUUCCGACGACGACAACUGUUGCCUUUGGGAUGGAGUUCGUUGCGAUCCCGCCACAGGGAAAGUGAGGGAGCUCACUCUUUCUUAUCCCUAAGAUUCUGAUUUCAACUCACCAGCGAAGCCGGAUAUCAAUGCUUCUCUGUUUCUGCCUUUCCAAGAACUGAGACGGCUUUCACUACAAGGCGUUCAUAUCUCUGGUUGCAUCCAGAAUCAAGGAUGGCCGAAUUUGGAAAGUCUGGCCAUAGAUGAAUCCUCCAUUUCAUGCAACAACUUCCUUGAAACAGUGGCCACCGUCAUGACCAAUCUUACUCGAUUGAGGGUUGCAGAUUCGGACCUUAGCUCCCCCAUCCCUCAAGCUUUAUGCACCUUAAAGCUUCUCUGGAUGCUAGACCUCUCUGCUAAUUAUCUGGGGGCCGAGUUGCCACAAUGUCUAUCAAACUUGACUUCACUCCAAAGCUUAUCUGCAAGCGGGAAUCGAUUUUCUGGAGAUAUAUCCCUGUCUCCCCUUCCAGCUCUCUUGUCCCUCAAAGAGAUUGACAUUUCCGAUAAUCAAUUCCGGAUUCCAAUCUCUCUGUUCCCAUUUUUCAACCACUCUCGUCUUCAAUAUUUCUACGGAGGUUAUAACCAAGAAAUUUACGGAGACGACCAUCUUGAUAUGGUUCUGCAGCAGGGUGCACUGCUUUUCCAGCUAAGAGAUUUGGAAUUAUAUCAGCAGCCUGGCUAUGGUGGUGGAUAUGUUGGCUCCUUCCCUAAGUUUCUCUACCAUCAAACCAAGUUGGAGUCAGUUUGUAUCACAAACGUCAACAUAACUGGAGUUGCUGCUGGGUUCCCAUGGUGGUUGUUGACUAACAAUACACAUUUGGAGUUUCUUUAUCUCUCCAAUUGUUCACUUUCAGGGCAUUUUCAAAUCCCAAUCCAUCAACAACAGCAGUACCCUCCUCAUGAAAAUUUGAGAGAAUUAUACAUCUCCACCAAUGAAUUCUUUCCUGGCCCCAUCCCACCUGAUAUAUGCGCCUUCUUCCCCAACUUAGAUUAUCUAUCUUUAUCUGAUAAUAAAUUCUAUGGUGAAAUACCAUCACAUUAUUUGUCAAAUUGUUCAUCAUUCAGAUUAUUAGAUGCCAGGAAUAAUCAACUCUCGGGUGAAAUUCCGAGAUGGAUUUGGAAUAUGUCUGCCAACUCCAUCAUAGACUUGUCCAAGAACAAAUUUUCGGGUCAUCUGCCACCAGGUUUCAUUUCGCCAUUGAUGAAAGAAGUUUAUCUGUCGAGAAAUCAGCUGGAAGGAACCUUGCCAGCAACACUAUCGGAUAAUCAAGAUGGGAUGUCUGGUGCUGAUAAUUAUACAAACUACUUAAUAGGGGUCUUGGAUCUCAGUCACAAUCGUUUGAUGGGUACAAUUCCAAAAUGGAUUGGUUGA